AUGCCUACGUCAUCUCAACAUCCACGUUCGAUUUCACCCCUCAAAACUCACGUUCAUGUCGUCAAACUCUCGUCGUUUGAGAAGCCUUCCGAAUAUCUUAAGAUCCUUGCUGUUCCAGAAUCUCCAGAGUCUCUCAAGAUCGGUCGCCAGAAUAUGCCCAAGGCUACCAACAAGAUAACGGAUGGAUUCUUUGAUUCUCGGGUCCUUUCAAGGAACCACGCUGAGUUGUUCAUUAGGGACAACAAAUUGUUCAUUAGGGAUCUCAAAUCAUCCAAUGGAACGUUUAUAAAUGAUGUCAAGUUGGAUCCUUAUAAGGAUUGUCAGCUAAAAAUUGGAGAUAAGCUGGAUUUGGGUACUACUUUGGAGAGUCAAGUUGCUCAUAAGAAGAUUACCUGCACUAUUGCCGAAUUUAACUAUGUCAGUCUACAGGAUUAUCAGAAAUUGGUGUCCAAAACGUUGCAGAAGGAUGAUUUUGCUGCGAAAAGACUGGAAUUGUUCAACAGUACUGUUGAUGCACUUAUAUUUGGAGAGUUGGUCGAUGAAAGGCAGGAGGACUCUUUAUUGGCAUUAUUGGGUAGUGAAGAUGAUGAGACAAAGGCGAAGGUAAAAGUAGAAGUGAAGGAAAACGGGGCCUCAUCUAGGCCUUCUUUUGGGGAUCCCUUUGUUUCUGGACUUCAUGUCAAGCCUUCAAGUAGUAUGCAAGAUAUAAUACGGAAGCUUGCCAUUGCAGUGAAUAACGAGUUUGUUCAACAGCAGAGAUUACAACAGAUGGGUGUUUUUUUAAGGAACUACAACGAUCUAUUGAUGAGAUCGGAUCAUUCUGCGGACAGUUUGCGUCCUAGUACUAGUUCGCGUCCUAGUACUAGUUCGCAUCCUAGUUCUAGUUCUGUUUCUCGGAUAAAAUCCUUGGAGCAAGAAUUUGAGCAAGAAUUGGUUGAAUUGAGGAAAACUAAAGGUCUUUUGAAGGAAAAGGAGACGGAAACAGAGCAGUUAAAGAGACAGAUCCAAGGUUAUAAGCAGCAGCUAUCCGAACAGCAAAGGAAAACUACAGAAAUGAAUCUAAAGCAAGUUGAUCUUGAACAGAAACUAGAUAUUGCUAUGGCAGAGGUUUCUGAGUAUUCGAAACAACUUAAUCAGAGUCGAACGGUUGAAAAGAAGUUGAAUUCACAGCUUGAAGAACUACAGACGAAGCAAAAGGUAUCGCUAGUAGACGAGAGGGUCGAUGUAGAAGUGGCUAGCCGUUACAUUCAUUGGCAAGGUCGACUAUUUAUUGUAUCAUUGAGUGUGGUAUUCCUAGCUUAUAUAGGUACACAGCUUGUCUAG